AUGAAGGACAUAAAGGGUGAACUUGCGUCUCUGCGUCAUGACCAGACUAAUUUAAAACAGAAAUUACACCUAAUAGAGAACAAGCAUGAUAACUUACAAAGAGAUGUAUUGGAGAUCCAGAAUGCACUGGACUUUAAUUGUGACAUGAAUGACAAAUUGGGACAACGCGUUGAAAAGCUAGAGACUGAUUGUGUAAAAAAUAAAAAACCAUCGAAAUCGUAUCUUCUCUUAAGUCGAACAUCGAAGCUUUGGAGCAGCAUGCUAGGAGCCGUAACAUUGAGAUAUGUGGUGUCCCAGAAAAAAAGGAAUGAAUACUUGAUGGAACUAGUGGCUAAUUUUGGUAUACCCAAGUUGGUUUUUAUGAAUGAGCAUUUAACAUUGGAAAAGAAGAAGCUCUUUCGUGACUGCCGUGAAACUGCAAAGAAAGAAAACUACCAAUACGUUUGGAUUAAGCACGCUACAAUACUUGUACGGGAAUCAAACAACCAUGCGGCUAUCGCUAUACGAACUCGGGGAUACAUCUCUAAGAUUAAAGCCUGUUCUAGUGUCGAAGGUUCAGACCAAUUUUCAAUAGACAAAGUUGAAGGUCAUAUACUGAGUUGA